AAUUUCCAGGUACCAAUGUUUCGUUGCGUCGUUUGUCCAUUGCAAGCGCCAACAUAUGAAACUGUGGAAGAACUGGAAAUACACAUUGCCUCGGAUCAUAUCAGUCAUGUACCAUAUGAAUGUGAACGGUGUCGUUUUUCAAAAUUUCCAACCGAAUUCGCUUUGAUUAGCCAUUGUACAACAGAUCAUGGAUUAAAAGAAUUUUACGUGAAGUAUAAAGUUACACCAGAUUUCCAUCGUAAGCGUGAGAAAAUCAGAGAAAUGUUGCAUCAUUCUGUCACCGUAUCAAAAAUUCCAUUUGGAACUUACAAACGAAGAAAAAUAGCCGACUACUCGUCUUUGCUGAGUUCUGGGGAACUGUGCACUGUAUCGGUGGAUUCCGAUGAGUUGACUCGUAUGACUGAAACCGAAAAAGAAGCGAAAAUCGAAAGUGCUAAAGGCAGCGAAGUGGAGCCAGAAGAUAGUACUUUGGAAAAGGAAUCAGAUUCACAGUCAAACACAUUCCCGGGUGCUGGAUUACAGCAAGAUCCGGAUCAAGUGAAUAUCGUGAGUAUUUUGGGUGAUUUAUAUCGAAACGAAGGUGGCAGUAGUGCCACUGUUGCUGUAACAGGUUGUGAGCCAACUGAUAUCGUUGAUCCGUCAAACAGCUUAGCAGCUAAUUGCGAUAUGUUGUCGCAGCAAAUGAAGAAACGAUCCAGGCCACCUCGAAUUUGUAAUAUCUGUGGUCUUCAAGUUACUGGUCAACGUUCAUCACUUAUCUACCAUGCUAAUUCCAAGCAUGUGCGCCUGCCGAUGUUCUUCUGUCGUGAAUGUAAAAAACAUGGACAACAAUCACUAAAUCGGAUGUAAUCAAACAUGUUAAAGCAUGCCAUGAUGGUGAUGAAAGUCUCAUAGAGGACCAUCGCAUGCAAUAUGCCAACGAUUUGCAUCAUAUUACCGACAAAUGCUUCCCACGUAAAAGUCGAGGUAAUUGUGCGGACGAUGAAAUGGAAAGUUUGAUCAAUCCAGAAUUAUGGGUCAAAAGUGAGGAAAGGGGUAGUUUUGUUAGCAUCUGAUACUCAUGCUAUAAUCGGUAUAAGAAGAUAUUGCUGUUCCGAAAUUCCAUAUAUUGAACUUUGUUUUCGAGCUUUGUUUUUUUUUCUUUUGAGUAUGAUUAAAUUUAAGGG